GGAAAUCGAUACUGGCUACCUUAUUGAAAAGAGGUUUCUUUGGGGCUGCAACUACCUUGCUAAAAUGUGGAUAUAACUUCAGCCUUGAUAAAGACUUUAAAUCCAUGGACGUUUGUCAUUUGAAAAGUUCAACAAUUUUAGUAGGGGGCAGAAGAUACAAAAGAAUUGACUAUGAUGAACAGAAAAAUGAAUUUUUAAAUUUUCUGAAGAAAUCUGAAGAAGAAGAAGAGGUAUCCUCGCUGUCAUCUUUGUGCAGAAAUACCAUACGAUCACAUUUAGUUGAUGUCAGACAAGGAGCCGAGAUAGAAUCUAAGAUCAUGUUACUUCCUAUUCCUGGACGAAUUAAGACGUAUUUAUCUUUAAGGGAACAUGUGCAAGACUUUGAACAAAUGCAGAUAGAAGAAAUUAAAAUCGGUGGAAUGGGUGUGAACAUACCAACACACUUGGAUGACUACAAUGAUAUGUACAUACACCCAUACGACUCAGAUAACUCAGAUGUGGCGUAUUAUGGUAUGGAUGAUUCUGACAUUGACAAUUACAUCCAUUACUACAGAGACAGUGAUUCAGAUGACUAUUUCUAUUAACCAGCAGUAUAAUAAGUACAGAUGUUUUUAUAUCUUCAAAUAAUUUAGAUUUGUUGUCAUUGAAUGUCUUUCUAUUU